CCUGCAGAGAUGUUACGUAUGAGAUUUGUAAUGUAAAUCACACUGGAUUUUACUUACUAUUGUUAUAAAACUUAAAGGCAGUCAUUUUUCCUGGUUUAAAAGACUGCAUUCUACUGCAGACAAUCUAAAUGGAGAAACGUAAUUUUAAAAAUGAUUGUCAACUUAACAACUUUUGUUCAUAAUUAUGGUAAUUUAGUACAUAACACUUAAAUUCCUUUUAAAUAAUGUGAAAAUAAAGUGUGUUUGUGUGUGUCAUAUUUUUGUUUGGAUGUCUGUGUGUAAUACACAUGGCCAUUCCAUGUAUAGUAACAUUUGUGUCAGGAAUGGAUGGGAUCCCGAUUUAACAUAACUAGUAACGUUUGUGUCAGGAAUAGAUGGGAACCCGAUUUAACAUAACUAUAUAUAUUUUUAUGACCUACCUCAGAGUGUUAGAAAGAACAUGUGUGCAACGUGUGUGGGUGUCUGGAAUACAUAUGGCCGUACCAGGUAUGGUAACGUUUGUGUCAGGAAUGUAUGUGAUCCAGAUUUAACAUAACUAUAUAUAUUUUUAUGACCUACCUCAGAGUGUUUCAUAGUCUAUGUGAAAAGAAAGAACAUGUGUGCAACGUGUGUGGGUGUCUGGAAUACAUAUGGCUGUACCAUGUACGGUAACGUUUGUGUCAGGAAUGUAUGUGAGCCCGAUUUAACAUAACUAUAAAUAUUUUUAUGAUCAUGACCUUUGAUCUAGAUAUAGAGAGUGAGAAUAUGUAUCUUUUUGACCUUUGACCUAUACCUGUCAAAACUAAGGUUACAUUAUAUACAAACUAUUUCUCUCUUGCAGUACAUGCCUGGAAAAGCAUCACAAAAGAAGAAUGCAACAGUUUGGUGAUAUCACUGGGUCAUUGGCUUGAUGCAGUUAUUGCAAGCAAGGGAUAUGCAACCAAAUAUUAAGUGUUAUUUACUUUCUUUCUUUUUUUUUUUUUUUUAAAGAAUAUCUGUUGGAAUACUUUUGCUCAUAUUAAAAUUGGGUAGUCAGCCACCACAAAUGCCAUGUUGUAAAUUGUUUAACACAUCUAGAUUUAAAUAUCAGGAAAUGAAAACUGAAAUUCUGAUUUAUUGUCUCAUGCAUCUUUUGAUUUUACACCCAAAUGUCUUCAUUGUAUAGCAAAAACAAAAGCAUUGACCUUGUUGUUACAAUACUUUCACAGAAGUCUGUAUAUUAAUAGAUUAUGUUAUAUAAGCAUUUUAUCUGGAUUUAAAUAGCAUAUUUUAAACAAUAUACAGUGUCUGAGUUAGAGGGGACUAUUUUAGUGGGCAUGACCAAGCACAAAAGAGGUGGAGCAAAAGACAAAAAAAUAAAUAAAUAAAUUAAAAAAAACCGGAAAAAAACUCAGUUUAUCUAGCUGCUAGGUACAGAUCUCUGAAGUAGUGUCAGAAAUCUUUUCAUGUGGCUCUUUGUAGACUCUCACAUUCCUGCAAUGGAGCUGUUAGUCAGCAUCAGAAGUGUAUUUUGCCUCUGUCUGCUUCAUCUGGCAGCUGCUGACACCAGUGCUCUUAAUAUAGUUGUAACAUGUACCAAAACAAAUGAUUUAAACCCUGAUGAAUGUUGGACACCAUGCAAACCCAAUCCUUCUCCACUACAUGAUCUUAAAGUUCAACUUACUUCUCUGAAUGGGGCUCCAGCAUCUCUUGCUCUCAACAUAACAUGGUCUAUAUACAUUGACGGAAGUAUUCAAAGUAUUACUGGCACAUGGAUAAAAGUGAACACGGUGAGAUACAGAUGUGGAUAUCAACCUCCAUUUACUUCAAAACAGGUCCACACUGGUGAUUUAAAGCAGCUUUGGUUCAAUUUCACAGCCACAGAUGUCAAUAUUGAACCCAGCCACUCUUACCAAGUAGAUGUCUAUAAUCUUCCUCCAGCACUGCCUGACAUGCAAUCCAGAUAUUCAAAGCAGGCAAAGAUACAAGCACCUGAAUGUGAUGAUGAACGGAUGAAGGAUCAUUCAACAUGUUUAAACACGGCCCUUCCUACGCCAACCGAUGGAAGCAUGCAAUUGUAUGAGCACUGGAACAUUGCUGCAGUCCAGAUGAAGGAUGAAAUACAAGUCAAAUUUGAUUCUCACAUGAAAUCAGAGAUGUACGAGAUCAGACUGCGAAGAAAAACGCAUAUUCUAAGCUUUGCUAAGGUGACAGUGAAUGGAGAAAUUCAAACACUUAAAGCAAACCUGAACUAUUCGGGGCCAUGUGACAAUCUUACAAUAUGGAUAACACCAUUUUUUGAGCAUUGUGGAUUUACAUGCAAAUCGGUUUACCACAACGUAACCUGUCAAGCUGCACCAAGAGAAGGACCAAAGGAAUGGGAACCUUCUGUCCUGCUGAUCAGCAUUGUGUGUGCAGUAGCCAUUAUUUUGUUAUUUAUCUGCCAUUUCUGGAGACUGCGGAUGAGGUCUGGCUAUUUCAAGCAUGGACUAGACACAGCAAAAUCAGUUGGAGUGCUUAUGGUGUAUCCUGCAGUGGACAGUGUGUUCCAGAAUGCUGUGAUGACCAUAGCUGACUUAUUGCAAAGUCAUAGAGAGCUGAAUGUAAUCAUUGACAUGUGGCAGAGAGGCAGUUUAGCGGAACAGGGCCCGCUCCGGUGGCUUAACACACAAGUGGGUUGUGCUGAGAAAGUUCUCAUCAUCUUGCCUCCUCAAUACGCUGAGUUCCGCAAUGACACAGCCUGCUUGAAUUCCAACAUGGCAUCAGUCAUAACAGAUUACACUGUUCCAGCAUCUGCCUGUGAACUUUUCUCAUUGGCACUAAACCUGGUUGCUAGCUGUGCCCAUGAUCCCCAGCAGUACCAUAAGUUCUUGGUGGUGCACCUGGAGCAUGGUAGGCACAGAAGCACAAUACCAGUGGAGCUCAGAGGCUGCAAGGCCAUUAUUCUACCCAGAGAUCUGGAGAAACUGUAUCAACUGUCCACUAAGCAAGGAGUAACAAUCUCAAGAUGUAGGUCUGAACCAUACUGCUGUAAAGAAACAACUCAGAAGGUCAGAGAUGCUGUGCAGCAGUUGGACAAAAGAAAUGGUUUGUCUUACCAAGGCAGAAAGCAAGCCCCAAAGUAGUAAUUACCUCUCUGGUGUUCAGAUCUUGUGAUAAAGGCCAGAUUAACUGUUUUUCCUUUCAGAUUCUUUUAUUGCUUUUUCCUGAGGGUAUACAUUUAAGAAAAUUGUUAAAUAUAUUCCACAAUUUGAAAUACCAGGAAGGAAUAGAAACGUGACUAACCCCUAACCCCUUAUCUUGUAACAUGACUGCUUGAAUGACAGUAGAAAUUAAAAAUAAAAAUCCCCUUUAUUAUUUUUUAUUAUUUUAUACUUAGAGUGAUGGAUUCUAUAUUCUGAUUUACUUUGUGUCAUAUUUUUACACUUUAUUUCAAAUGAUUUUUUCUUUGAACUUUUUUCAGCUUGGGACAACUGCUGACAGAACUUAGUAUCUAUAGCUCAGAUCUGUGUAACUUAAGCUAUAUGAUAGUGCUGACAUUGAUAAGCUAAAUAGUUUAUCUGAGUUCUCAGAGGUUCAUGAUUGGCAGAAUUUGAUAACAUGCAGGUCACAUCCUUGAUGUCAAGGGAAAAAAAAACAGGAUACCACAUAGUAAGCAGGCUUCACAUUUUGUACAGAUGAUAAAAUCUAAGACCAGUUCUUUUCUUUCCUUUUAUUAUAUUUGUAUGUUCUUUUUUAAAAACAAUGGUGAAAUAAAAUGGCGUGGUCUACACAUUACACGGUUUUGCAAUUACCUUAGCAAAUAAUACAUACAGCAACAAGUACAAUUAUCCAUUCUCCUACAUCACAAACUCACACACUCUUUCACCAUACAAAGGCUGCUCUUUCACGGAGCAUGCGUGCACCAAAUCUCUGCCAUUCUCCCUGGUGGAUCCACAACUCCUGGGUGG